GAGCAGCGCGGGCCUUGGAGUGCAGCGGGAGCCUCGGGGUGCAGCGGGAGCCUCGGGGUGCAGCGGGGUGCAGCGGACUCAGGCAGAGGCCUGAGGCCCUUCCUGGGCAUCUGCCGGCUGCUCGUUGCCCUGUACAACCUGAGUGGGGACAGGCUCUUCCUCCCUGUCCCCGGUCAGGACAGAUCCACAUCCAGAGGCCAGGCAGCCGUGCCACCAUGGCAGAGCGUGUGAACAACUUCCCCCCGCUGCCCAAGUUCAUCCCGCUGAAGCCCUGCUUCUACCAGGACUUUGAGGCGGACAUCCCCCCCCAGCACCUCAGCAUGACCAAGCGCCUCUACUACCUCUGGAUGUUGAACGGUGUCACGCUGGCCGUGAACCUGGUGGGCUGCCUCGCGUGGCUGAUCGGAGGCGGGGGAGCCACCAACUUCGGCCUGGCCUUUCUCUGGCUCAUCCUCUUCACUCCCUGCUCCUAUGUCUGCUGGUUUCGGCCCAUUUACAAGGCCUUCAAGACAGACAGCUCCUUCAGCUUCAUGGCCUUCUUCUUCACCUUCAUGGCCCAGAUGGUCAUCAGCAUCAUCCAGGCUGUGGGCAUCCCUGGCUGGGGUGUCUGCGGCUGGAUCGCCACCAUCACCUUCUUCAGCACGAAUGUGGGCUCCGCUGUGGUGAUGCUCAUCCCCACCAUCAUGUUCACAGUCGUUGCUGUCUUCUCCUUCAUCGCCCUCAGCAUGGUUCAUAAGUUCUACCGGGGCAGCGGGGGCAGCUUCAGCAAGGCCCAGGAGGAAUGGACAACAGGCGCCUGGAAGAACCCCCACGUGCAGCAGGCGGCCCAGAAUGCGGCCAUGGGGGUGGCCCAGGGUGCCGUGAGCCCGCCGCAGGCUCAGUACUCAGCCACCCCCAACUACACCUACUCCAACGAGAUGUGA